AUGAUCUUCGGGUCGUCCUCAUUCGUAUCACCUGCCUCCAGAUCUCUCUCACAUGCUGAUCACCUCGCCGCAGCAGGCAUGUGCAUGAAAGCCUUGCAGUUUGUUCGCGUCUACGUUUCUCAAGUGGCCGGCGGAGCAGCUCCGGGGAUUCUUCGCUCUCGCCCAAAGAAGGAGGCGAAGGGUCCCAAAGCGAGGAAGAAACGGGAGACCGAAGAUGCAAAGCUCGCUGACACGAAAGCGAACGUCCAGUGUGGGGCAGGCGACACAGACGCCUGUGUCAAAGGUGACAAAACAGACGCUGAUGAGGCCUGCGGCGAAGAGGCGAAGAACGAGCGUGUAGAGGGCAGACAAACACACAGUACAGAGAUUUCAGUGGAGGCCUACGCCACCAGUCGAGGCGAGGCUGUCAUGCCUGCGAAAGAGAGAUUUGCCUGUCUGGAACGCCGGAGAUCUUCUGGGGGUAAAGGCCGCGCGUGUGGCAGAAGUGAGAUGGAGACGAAGGCUGGCGCACCAACAACCUCAACGGCGCUGGGUGUCAAACGCGAAGGCCCAGCUGACCCACAGAAGCCCCGUCAGACCCACCCAUUUUUUCAGCGACGCGGACAAUGCAAGGCUCCCGUAACCUCUGAGGCUUCAGUUGGGCGGAUCCCGAAUCAUGAGGACUGCAGCGAUAUUUCUGCAGAUUUCUGUAUCCCUCAGAAAAGGCCGAAUGAGGUUGCCGGUAUCCGUGAGCCCUCGCGAUCAUGUUCACGCUCCUUCCCCCCAACUGACGGUGCCUCGUCUGCGUGGACUGCCGAUGUGUCAUUCUCGCCUUUGGCGUCUCUCGGACUUCUGCGACAAGGUCUAGGAGGGGACAUGCUCGACAACUUCCUGCAUUUUUGGUCUGCUCUCGAUCUGCAAGCGAUCGCGUUUGUCGCGCUCCAGCUCGGCUGUCCGGUCGACGCACUGAUCUUCGCCGAGCAAGAGCUCGAGCGCAGAUGCCCAGAUAGCGGCCUCGAGGAAGGCCUGGCUGUGGUCUCGCAGCAGUGGCAACGCGCCCAGUGGGACCGCAUGCCUCAGAUUCGAUCUGUGCAGGUCCUGCGGCAGAUGCUUCUCGAGGCACAGCGAGGGCAAGGUCGAGGCCCAGACGAAGUGCCGAGGCCCCCGCGAACAGUCGCAAACGCAGCGCCCGACCAGGAGGAGGCGAGUGGAGGAAAAGGCGGAGCUGCAGAAGGAGGAACUGACGAGCAGGGGACUUGGGAAAAGAUGGAGGGUGUGGCUGAGGGUGCGGGGAGAGCUCUGGAUUGCGGCCAUGUUGUCCCUGGAGACAAGGGGAAAGGAGAGGAAGGCACGGUAGGAAGCGAUGGGAACCGACCCUCGAAAGAACAGAGAAUGUCGCCGGAGAGCAUGCGCCACUUCCAGCUGUCGCUGCAGCGGCUGCGUGAGAUGGCCAUUCGGCCAGCGAAUGCCUCAGCUCUCCUGACACCUGUAGGGCCGGCGCCGCUUUUCCUUUUAGUUUCGCAAGCUCUCAUUAAUGCAAACGAAGAAGAUCUCUCCGCGGUCACGGACUGCCUCUCUCCGUGGCACACAUCGAAUUUCCUGAUUCAGCGCAUGCACGCGGAGAACGACUGGCUCGCCACCUUGACUCUCCAGCAAGAGCAGCUGGAGACGCUGGAGGCGAAGCGCUUGCAGGUCCUGGCGCAACUGAGGCAGUUGCAUAGCACCGGGCUUCACGGUCAUCCUGAUCAAGCUGCCUGGUCGGCCUCGUCGAUUGGGCUCGAAGCGAGGUCGGUGUUUGAGAACGAAGCGGUAGGGAGAUCUCGAAUCACUCAAACAGGAGACAGAGACCUCCACACUCGUCUGCGUGAAGUUGAGGAAGAGCUCUAUGCCACGAAACUUCAAAUGGCAGACGCACUCGGUGCCAUCGGCUUGCAUUCUCUCCGAGAGAGCCUUCUUGUCUCUCUCAGUCUCUCUUCUUCAGUGCCGUCGCAACUGUCGCAUUCGCUGUCUUAUCCUUCCCUGGCGUGUACCCUUUCUAGCCAGAGGUCGCCCAUGGACUUUGGAGGGAGCUGGAGCGGGCCUGGGGGUGGGGCGUUGGGCGGUUUGGGAACUCGGCCAUUCUCGGCUUCGAUCGGCGUCGGUUUUCCGCCUCUGUUGGAAGACGAAGGCAAAGAAACCGACUGCGGCGCAACGGCAUGGCUAGAGAAGAAGUUCGAGUGUCUAUGGCGGCUGCACCGGUGGGACUGUGACGAGACGCCGUGGGGGGCGUCGCAAACGGAAAUAUGUCCGAUGUUCGAUUCAAAUGCCGACCUGACCGAGUCGUUUUCUCCUUGUCCACGUCGUUCACGUGAUCAGACCCAGCCAAGUCUGAGUCUCUUCAAUGGCUGUAUCUAUGCGACACUCUCGCUCAUCCAUGGAGCGGCUUCGUGUCACCCGUCGUCAUUGGUUUGUCCAUUGCAGUCCUCCCAAGCCUGCAGUAAGGGGGCGCGCGCUUCACAUUCUGCGACAUGUCAUCAGCAGAAGAGUCUUUUCUCCACUCCUGAAGAUGUGAUUGUCGACGCUGGAGCGGACGCUGGAAAUGGCGACCAAGUCGAUGGAGAGGCCGAGGAAGCACUCAGCUUCCAGAGAGGCUUAAGCUCAACUAUGGCGCGGCUCCGGGCCGUCCAGACCUCACGCCACGCUCUCGCCCUUGCCCUCGAACGUCUCGCACGCAGUCCGCAGCUGGCCGAUUCGUCACUGCCGUCAAUCGGUCAUUCUGCGGUGGAUGCUCAAGACCAAAGUCUCUCGAGGCGGCUGCUCGGUGCGUAUGUCGAGCUCUCCAUGGCGCAUGCGUUGCAGCGAGCUACAACGCUCAAUUUGCUUCUGAACCAAUGCGAGCAAGACUGGAACGAUGAUCCGUGCGGUGCAGCGUCCUUUGAGCAUCUGCAGUCAUCCUGGGCGAAUGAUCUCGCUGUUGCUGCGGGGGCCGCCUCUGCAUGCUCUUCGUCUGCUUCUUCCUCGUCGCUUUCCUCUCUCCCUUUCUUUCUUGAACCACUUGUGUCUCUCGAGACAUGCAUCCUCCAGGCCGCGAUCCCUUCGUUUCACUGUAUUCCGUCAUCCGCCCCUUUCCUUCCCCGCUCUUUCGAAACCUGGACAUUACGUGAAGCGAGCGGGGCGGCUGCAUGCAUGCGCGAGAGGCAGGAAGACACUUUACGGUUCCAGAGAUGUUGCGGUGACAGAGGAGAAGCCUUGACGGACGCCCAUGCUUGUGGAUGUCAUGUGCGGCGCCCCGCGGCUCGGCAUCUCCUUCUCCUCUCGCAAAUGAAACGCGAGAGAGGCGACUGGCGGGGAAGUUUGGAAAACCUCUUGCAAGCCAAAGAGCAUCUUCUACAGCUUCAAAGAGACAGAGAACGCCCUUUCUGGGAAGCGGUCCCGGCACAGCUGGCAGUAUGGCGCGAUGCAUAUCCGUCUGGAGUUUCGUGUCACGCAUCUGACAAGGAUUCGUUGCUUCUUGUCUCUUCACUGGCUGCGGUCCCACCCGUCCUUUCCGGCCUGCAUGGAGGAAGGCAUCUUCCGCCUGCUUUCUCGCCGUCGUUCCUGUGUGUCGACCUCUUCCUUGUCCAGUGGCAAUUAGCAAAGACGCUUUAUCUCGCUGGCGACCGCUCGGGAAGUCUGAAUAUUGCCUCGCGGCUGUGUCAACCGAAGAACUGGCCUGUCCUUCCCUUCCAGAAGGCGCGUAUGUCCGGCCGUUCGGAUCAGUCAGCUUCUUCUGGGAUCCAGGGAUCAGCCGCGGUCUCAGGCGACGCCGCACGAAGCCUAGGGGCCUUGAAACAACCGAUUCAGAGACUCCUACCUACUGGCUGUGAUCGGGAAAACAUCGCCUUCGAGACACCAAAGGCUCUGCUGAAUGGAGACAUGGAGACAUUAGCGGUCGAAAAGUUCCGCCAGGCGAUGAUCGAUGCCCUCUGUUCCUGUGGCGAGUGGCAGUUCCGGGGGAGAUGGGCGACUGAAGCAACCGUGCGCCGGCGAUACUUCAGCCUCGCUCUUCGCCUCGGGUCUGUCUCCAGUAGCUUGGAGCCCAGCCAGCGCCUUGCUACCCUCAUCGACGAUCAACUUCAGUCAUACAGCGACUACAAGCACUCACUUCCUUCACUAGUGAUGGCAGAUCUCCGCCGCAAAGAGAAGGCCGAAAUUGAAAGCCUUCUUCAGCAGCUGUCCGCCGCUUGUGAAGAAAGAGGCGAAGAAGAACAAAGCCGGCGUGCGUAUGCAUACAAGAAAUUCCUUCAGCAUCACAUUGAUAUUCUGAUGCAGAAGCAGCAUGGUUUGGAGAGAGAAAGAGAGCGCGAAUAUCAGGAGAGGACACAAUGGGCUCUCGAGGCGGUGACGCUCUACGCGACAUGUCUCAGAGACCCGUUUCUUCCCCAUGCAACCAAAACGACGAGUCGAGUCUUGCGUCUGUGGUUCGAGUGGGGUGACAGCGUCCCCGAAAUGAACGCCGCUCUCCACAGACUCCUGAUCGCGCCUUUCGCUUCUUCCCAGCCACAGGCGACGCAACAAGUGGACAGUGCUGUUUCUUCUAAGUCUUCGUCUGCUCCAACGCGGAAGAUGCACGAUGAUGACGGCAGCACCGUGGAAGGCCCGCCAGAUCUACGCCACCUGCUGCCAUUUGUUUACCAGAUUGCAUCGCGUCUCGGCAGUCCAGCAGAGAGUCCAUUUCAGCGAACGCUGAGGGAAUUGCUAGUGACCACGGCAAGGCAGUACCCGUUCCAGUGUCUCUACCAGCUGGUUGCCAUCCGGAAUGGGAGACGCAUUCCGCCGGGUCAUAGAGGGUCUGACAGCUUUACUGUACAACAAGACAAAAUCGACGCCGCCCAGGAGGUCCUGGCACGCAUUGCAGACUCCUCCCCUUCACUCAAGUUUGUCGUCGCUGCUGUCGAGUCCCUCGUCGACUUCUACAACGAUCUCUGUCUGUUGGAUUUCGACGAAGAGAUUCGUGAUGUCCAAAAAAGACAGCGGAACCUCCCGCUGCUCCAGCGCGGUUCGUCGCAGUCCGUCCGGUCCAUCUUAACGCCUCAAGAGCAAAUGCUUCGCCUGCCUUCUUUUCAAAAACUGGAGGAGUACUCCUCCCUUCUCCCUGUUCCAACAGUCGAGCUGCCCCGUGACCGGCUUGUUCCCUUUCAACCACCCAAAACCUUGUCACGCAUCAAGAAUGUGCCAGACUUCCUUCUUCAUUUGUCGUCCUACAUUCAUUCUCUUCACCCUUGCUGUCUCUCUGGUUUCCCUGGAGAUCGGCUGCGGAUGCGGGUGACGGUCAUCGGAAGUGGCAUCACAAAGCCUAAGUUGUUGUGCAUUUGGGACCGCAAAGGUCGAAAACACAAACAGUGUUGCAAAGGCCGAGAGGAUGUGAGGCAGGACCGCGUUGCCCAGCAACUGUUCUCGAUGCUCAACCAGGUCUUCUUGGAAGCGCCUUCCACGCUGGAAAAAAACUUCUAUCUCAGGACCUAUGUCGUGGUACCUUUCUCGCCAGCCGUCGGCAUUCUCGAAUGGGUCAAUGACGCUGUAACUCUAGCCCAGUACCUCAUUGGAAACCCCGACAACGGUUACCACGGUGCUCACGCGCGGUACCGACCCCAGGAUUGGACGUUCACUGCAUGCCGCCAAAAGCUCCGGCUUGCAAGGGAGAAGGCCUUGGCUCAGAGGAGACAGAUGCUGUCGCUUGGAACCGCGGACGACGGCGGGCUGCAGAAAGGACAACAGAAGAAAGAGGCUUCUGGAGCAGACGCAGGAUCACACUCUCUGGUAGAAUCCUUGGUGCAGACCUAUGACGAGAUAUGUGACCACUUUAAACCGGUUCUCCACCAUUUCUUCUUGGAACAUUUUCCAUCGGCUGAUGUCUGGUACGAGAAGCGACAACGCUAUCGCCGUACACUCGCAGUCUCGAGCAUGGUCUCGUACAUCAUUGGACUCGGCGAUCGCCACACAAACAACAUUCUCCUGGAUGUCGCGUCUGGUGACCUGAUUCACAUUGACUUUGGAGUAGUGUUCGAACAGGGGAAGUUGCUCGCCAUUCCUGAACUCGUUCCUUUUCGGUUGACAAGGGACCUGGUCGACGGCCUUGGAUGUUUGGGAGUCGCCGGAUGCUUCAAGCGCGACUGCGAGACAACCAUGGAGGUCCUGCGUCGAGUGUCGCCGUUGGUUGUCUCGAUCGUUGAGGUGCUUCUGUUCGAUCCUCUUUACCGCUGGUGUCUGGACCCCCGCCGUAUCCUUCAAGACAGCGAUAAGUCGCUGGCGCUCUCUCCGUCGUCUCGUCCGGGAAGUGGACCCAAAAAAGGCGAACAAAAGCGCGGGAGAGACGGCUGUGGACGCGGGCGAGGCAAACGAACUUCCGUCUCAACUCUUCUUUUUGCGGAACAAAAGGGCCGCAAACGCGGGCGACAUGAGGCCAUCCCUGAGGCGAUUCCGUCAAGCUCUGCACAUCACGAGAACGGUGCGGCGGGCGCGGCCGAAGAGACAAGGGAUCACGAGAACUCGGUGGACGAUGUGAAAAGAAAACAUGUCGACAGCGAGAUGCCCAUCGUUGAGGACAUACUCACCAAGGCGGAAGGGAACAUGAAUGCGAAACUGGCUGUGUUGACGGUUAGGCGAAAGCUCGAAGGAUACGAAGAGGGGGAAAUUGCACAGUUGAGUGUCAAUGCCCAUGUCGCGCGCCUGGUGAAUGCAGCUCAGGACCGGACCGCGCUAGCCCAAAUGUUUGUCGGCUGGGCACCAUGGGUGUAA